AUGUCCUUCAAAUGCCCUGCAAAAUACUGCAAGUUCAGUGGUACAAAAACCGGGCUCACCCAUCAUCUCAGAUCAUGCACCAAACUCAAACUGCAAGGCUCAAAGAAUCUCAGCUCGUUCCAGGAGAGGACAGCGGAAAAACGGGCGCAGAAGCGUCAGGAACUUGAAGAACAGAGCCACAAGGAGCCCAGGCCAUCGAGCGCACCCACUGGACUGUUUCCAGAGGUCCCAGAGGCGCCUGAAGAGCCCUGCAGGGAUCCCACACCCCCACGGUCACCGUUGCCUUCGCCUCCCAUCCCCGACUGGCGUGAUCAGCCAGGACCACAACGGUCAACUCGGGGACAACGUAUUCCCCAGCCCGUCAUUGAUUCGCUGCCACCUCCUACCGGGCUAGCUACACUUGCUGGGGUACAGAACAACCCUCAGAGCCCAACACUGUCUCCUACAACACCUGUUACACUCAGUAAAAUCGGAAGUCAGGCCUAG